GCGACAGCAUGUCCAAGCCAGUGGACCACGUCAAGCGGCCCAUGAACGCUUUCAUGGUGUGGUCGCGGGCUCAGCGGCGUAAGAUGGCCCAGGAGAACCCUAAGAUGCACAACUCAGAGAUCAGCAAACGCCUGGGCGCAGAGUGGAAGCUGCUCACGGAGUCGGAGAAGAGGCCGUUCAUCGACGAGGCGAAGCGCCUGCGAGCCAUGCAUAUGAAGGAGCAUCCCGACUACAAGUACCGGCCGCGGCGCAAGCCCAAGACCCUGCUCAAAAAGGACAAGUUCGCCUUCCCGGUGCCCUACGGCCUGGGCGGCGUGGCAGACGCCGAGCACCCGGCGCUCAAGGCGGGAGCCGGGCUGCACGCUGGCGCGGGCGGAGGCCUGGUACCCGAGUCUCUACUGGCGAACCCCGAGAAGGCAGCCGCUGCUGCCGCCGCCGCCGCCGCGCGCGUCUUCUUCCCUCAGUCUGCGGCUGCCGCCGCCGCCGCCGCCGCCGCUGCCGCAGCGGGCAGCCCCUACUCGCUGCUCGACCUGGGCUCCAAGAUGGCAGAGAUCUCCUCCUCGUCGUCCGGCCUGCCGUACGCGUCUUCGCUGGGGUACCCCACCGCGGGCGCGGGCGCCUUCCACGGGGCGGCGGCGGCGGCUGCAGCGGCCGCAGCGGCCGCCGGGGGGCAUACGCACUCGCACCCCAGCCCGGGCAACCCCAGCUACAUGAUCCCGUGCAACUGCAGCGCGUGGCCCAGCCCCGGGCUGCAGCCGCCUCUCGCCUAUAUCCUGCUGCCAGGCAUGGGCAAGCCUCAGCUGGACCCCUACCCGGCGGCCUACGCCGCCGCGCUAUGACCCCCGCGGGGUAGACCCGCGAGGACCUGCACGCACACGUGUACAUAUAUAGGUACGAGACUAGCGGCCUUCCGGUGCGCCCUCGAGCGACUGGGGGCCAAGUGUAUAUGUACUUAGAUGUAUAGGUGUCAGGCAGAGGAGGAGAUGCCAGUCGGGGCUUGAAUGGCCGAGCCCUCGAGGGCACGAGCGAGUGUGCGUGUGAACUCGCAGCAUCAUUUCCCACCCGCACUUCUGCGGCCAAUUUUAAAGAGAGCGGUUGUGUGGCGCCAGCAGUUGGUGUUUGCUUUGCACUUCGGAACCUGUUGCGUUUUGACCCACAGAGGUGGGAGGAGAAACUUUACGACACGUUGCGCUUUCCAGUUUUGUUGGUUGGAUUUUGCUUUUUGCGUCUCAUCGUUCCAAACCCCCGCCCUUUCACCCCCAGCCCCGGUCCUGCUCGGUCUGUGUUGCGCGCACUCAGUUCUAAUCUUCGGUCUGAAAAAGCUGGCCAAGGCGAGGGCCAAUGACCAGUGUCGUUAGCGUCUUAGAGUAGGGUGACUCUGGGCAGCCUUACUUUCUCCGUGUUACAGUUUGAACUCUGCAGGUUUCUGCAGAAGCCACUGCGGAUCUAUUCUUGACCAGUGAGUGACCACUUCAUAUCCGGCCUUUUGUAUGAGAUAUGAUCUUUUCUUUUUGUUUCAUCCAUACGCAAAUCAAAGAAAGAGCUCUUU